AUGGACUGGGCCAUGAAGUUCCUCCCAGUUGGUUACCGAGAAACAGAGAGAAUGAUUCAGGAAAAAGGGUCACGCAGGAACGUACACAAAGUUCCUGUCAUGUUGAAAUAUGUUAUAAGUCUACUCCGACUUUCAUAUGUAAAGGAAGGUGAACUGAAGGGAAUCUUGCAACGGCGGAAUCUUAGCAAUAAUUCCACGUGCAAGUUUUAUGAUGCCUUUCGUUAUCUUUUAGUAUUAGUACUUGCUGUUUUCACUAUCCUGAAUAUUGAGGAAGCUCAAGGGUUUCGUUUUAAUUCGUGGCCACAUGGCCACCGAAUCACUCAGUGGAAUGACACUAUACUGAAUCCCAGAUUGCUUGAACAAUAUGCCACUGUCAUCACAGAAAAAGGAGCAGCUCUAGACAACUGUUUUGGCUUUGUUGAUGGUACCGUACGACCGAUCUCCAAACCAGGAGAUAUGCAGAGAAUCGUUUACAAUGGGCACAAGAGAGUACAUGCUCUCAAGUUUCAGUCGGUUGCCAUACCUAAUGGGCUCAUUGCCAAUAUGUUUGGCCCUGUGGAGGGUAGGAGGCAUGAUGCAGGGAUGUUGCAUGAUUCUGGGCUACUUCACAACCUGGAAGCCUAUGCCUACUCAGCAACAGGGCUACCGAUGUGUUUGUAUGGCGACCCUGCUUACCCCCUAAGAGUCCAUCUUCAGGGGCCAUUCCGGAACCCCCACCUUACUCCCUUGAUGGAAGCAUACAACAGUUCAUUGAGUUCAGUAAGGGUGUCUGUAGAGUGGUUAUUUGGAGAUAUCAUAGAAUAUUUCAAAUUCAUGGAUUUUAAAAAGAAUCUCAAGAUAGGAAUGAGCAGCAUUGGAAAGAUGUACAUUGUUUGUGCACUUCUGCAAAAUGCUUUGAGUUGCUUGUAUGGCAACAAUACUUUUUGA